GAAGCGACGGGGAGACCGGGGUGACAUGGGCGCCGAGGACAAGCGCUCGAAGCUCGCAACAAGCAAAGCCGCAGACGCUGGAAAAGACAAGGAUGCUCUGCGCGUACUACGCCUUUCGCUGGGGCAACGGUGCGAUCGAGGGCAAGCUCGAAGAAGACUCGCGCCUUGCCAUCUUCCAGCGCGAGUGGUUUGAAGGCAAGAAGGCCCUCGACAUUGGCUGCAACUCGGGCGACUUUACGCUUGAAGUGGCGCGUCGCUUUGCCCCGGCGUUCAUCAUGGGCAUCGACUGCGACGCCGACCUCAUCACACAAGCACGCACGACGCUCAAGGAGUACAUUUCCAAGCUGGCUGUCACCGAAGCCUUCCGCGAAGUGCAGAAAGACCAUGGGCGCAAGGACGAGCAUCACCGCGAUGAUGCAGACAACGACGACGACGAAGAGCUCCCGCUCUCCUUUCGUCUAUGGAAGCCACCGGCGUCGACGCAGCCCAGCGUGGAUCCACUGCCCAACAUUGGCAGUUUUGCCUCGGGGGUGCGCUUCCCGUACAACGUGGUCUUCAAGCGAGAAAACAUUGCGACCGACGUGCACACGGGCAAAGACUAUGACGUCAUCACGUGUCUGAGCGUCACGAAAUGGAUCCACCUGUACCAUGGCGACGCUGGCAUCCAGCAGCUCUUCCACCUGGCGUACGCGCUGCUCUUGCCAGGCGGGUACUUUAUCUUGGAGCCCCAGAAAUGGAAGUCGUAUCACAACCGCAGGGACACGAACGAGACGACGCGGGCUCACUACGACAGCAUUGCGCUGCGCCCGUCGGCCUUCUCGACGUACUUGCUCGAGACGGUCGGGUUUCGCUCCAUGACGCUGCUCAAGGUCUGCAGUACGUCGGCGCAUGGCUUUCGCCGCCCCGUGUACCUCUACCAAAAGUAG